AGACACCGAUAAAAGCCCCGGGAGCCCCACGUACCUCUUCAAGAAAAAACCCAACACAACUACUACUACCAAGAUCAACAUGUCUAUCAUGACAAAGAAAGCAAUAACAAACGAUGCCGACAACGCACCCCGACUCGCGGAAGCCACCCAGGCAAAGACCGAAGGUUACCGCGGGGGAGACUGGUGUAAUCGGUUAUCCGUCGGCUUUGCAGUCUAUCGCUUCAUACAUUCGGCAGAUAGAAGAGUGGAGCUGCGAAGCAAACAUGCUGAAAAACCAAGGCGGAAUCAUUUCUAUCCACCUUAUCUUGAAGUCAAUCUUCUUGCGAUAGCUUCGUAUUUUGCCUUCCUAGUGUCCUUCUUUUUCUGUGUUUCUCCAGGUUAAUCUCCAUCGCUACAUAUUUGUGAAAGGUUGUGUAAGAAAAACCCCCUUUGAAUGAAAGUGACCGGUGGAUCGCCACAGUGACGUGUGAAAUGAUGAUCGCCGCCCGCUUUGAGCUACAUAGUUUGACAUGAAGAUGUUGAUUGUUACUGACCAUUGACCAUCAC